AUGCAUGCAGUUGGUUUGGAUUAUGGGGAUUUACAAUUAAUUCAUGAAAAAGUUAUUGAUAUGUGUAAAGGCUUAUCCUUGGGAGCGUGUAUUCUUGGUGGCCUUAUAAGAUUUAAGCGCCAUGAUGAAUGGAAAUAUGUAUUGAAUGCUAAAAUAUGGGAUUCAGUAGAUGAUAAUGAGAUUCUUCCUGUGCUAAAGUUAAGCUACCAACAUCUUCCUUUAUGGUUACAAAGAUGUUUUGUUUAUAGUGCAAUUUUACCUGACGAUUAUGAAUUUAAGGAAAAGGAACUUGUUCUUCUAUGGAUUGCAGAGGGUCUUAUUGGAGGAGCACAAGAGGGUGAGCAACUGGAAGAUAUAGGCAGUGAGGUUUUCCAACAACUAUUGAAAAGGUCUCUGUUUCAUCACUCAGAUAGUCAUGCUUCCAAAUUUAGAAUGUAUGACCUCGUCAAAAGUAGGGCCCGAUGGAUUUCUGGAGAAACUAAUUUUAGAUUGUAUGAUGUGUUGGGGGUCAAUGAGCAACCAAGAAGAUUCAAAAGGCCUCGUCAUUCUGGUACUUUAGCUAGUUGUGAUGUUGAGCACUUAACGACAUUCCUGCUAGGACUCAUACGUAGUGAUGAUACCCAUUACGUUACUGAUCCACUUCUUUCAGAUUUGCUACCAAAGUUUAAGAGAUUGAGAGCAUUAUCUUUGGAAAAGAAAAAUAUUACGGAGUUACCCAUUUCUGUUGAAGGUUUGAGACAUCUAAGAUAUGUCAACCUUUCCAACACUUUGAUCAGAAGGUUACCUGAUUCAAUAUGUUCAAUACUCAUCUGGCAAAUUUUACUAUUAAGAGAUUGCUCUAAUUUGGUGGAGUUGCCUCCCAAUUUGAAGAAUUUGAUCAAUCUAAGGCAUUUUGAUAUUACAGGUGUCAAUCUGAUAAGAGAGAUGCCACUAGGAAUGAAAGAGUUGGAAUGUCUUAAAACAUUACUCAAUUUUAUUGUUGGCAAAGGUUUGGGACUUGAUUUGAAAGAUUUGGAGAAUUUAAAAUAUCUUCGUGAACUUUACAUUUCAGGAUUACAUAACGUAAUUGGUUCACAAGAUACAAAGGACUCCAUAUUGGUUGAUAAGGAGGGUCUAAAAGUUCUGGUGUUGGAGUGGGGCUCUCAAUCGGAUGACACACGAGAUGAGUUAGUUGAAGAAAAGGUAAUGGACACACUCCAACCUUACCAAAAUCCUAAAGAACUUGUAAUCAAAGGCUAUGCUGGCACAAGAUUUCCAUCUUCUGUUGGAGAUCCAAAUUAUUCAAACAUAGUGGUGUUAACAUUGGAAAGAUGUGAUAAAUGCACAGUAUUGCCUUCCCUUGGAUGCUUGUCCUCAAGCACCACACCAUUAAAGGAAUGA